AUGUUAAGAAAGUUUAGUAUUAACUUAUCUCUUCGUAGAUUCACGAAAAAGGUUACGCAAGAGAAGAAAGAUAAAGACGAAAUUAAACGUGCCAAACAAGCUGAAGCAGCUCGACUUCGAUACCACCGAUUGAGCCGAAAACGUCAACGAGAAAAAGAAAUGGAAGAAUUAGAAGAAAUUCUUCGUCAAACCAAUGAUAUUCAAGAGGACCCUGAUAUAAAUGAGCAACUUCGUGAAAAAAGAAUGAGAGCACGUUGGGCUGAAGCAGCUCGCACUCGAUAUCAGCGAAUGAGCUCAGAAGAAAGACGUGCUCACAAUAAUCGUCGUAGAAUGCGCCAAAUUGCUGCAGCUGAGGGCUUGAAAGGUCCUGAUGGACAACCGGAUGAGGAAGCUAUUCGACGACAUAUAAAAGAACAAAAUGCUAAAAAAGCAGAGGCAGCAAGGUUGCGUUAUCAUCGUAUGACGGAUGAAGAAAAACGAGCUUAUAAUCAACGAAGGACUGAAGCUUUCCGCCGACGAAGGAUGGAAGAAGAAAUGCUUUUGGCUAUGCCAAUUGGCCGAAUUAAUGGUGAAGCUCUUGAUCGUGCUCAACAAAUAGUAGUGCGCAAUGCUAAAAGGGCUGAAGCAGCUCGUUUGCGUUACCAAAGAAUGACACCUGAACAACGAAAGGCUUAUAAUCAAAAGCGAUAUACACCGAAGCGAAAACGUGAAGGUGCGGAAAAUAAUGAACAAAAUGGCGGAGGUCGUGGGCGUCGUCGAAAUCAGGAUGAAUCAUUCGAUGCAUUGACAACGCUUGAGCGAGACGUUAUGAAACGGACACAACAGGCUUUAAUGCGUCAACAACGUAACACCACAGCAACCACAACUGGAGCUUAUUUGACCACUCAAAUCCAAGGCGCAGUUAUGCAACAGCAAACAAAUGCUGUUGUUACAACUCAUAUACCACAGACUGCACUGCAAGCUCAAGUUCAAAAUCAGCAGUUGACUGCUAUACCACAGCAAGUUCAGGUUCGCCACAAGUUUUCAUUUUGUUUCUCGAAUAUCUCGGAUUAUUAG